UGACAGGAGACAAACUGCUGCAUGCACAGCGUGGGAAACGCGUUAAGAGAAUGUACGUGCUGCAAUUGAACCUCAACUGAAUUAGUCUUGGUUAGGACACUAUGGUUGCUAUAAAGAACGCCACUGUUUUUGUUAGCCUGCUGAUUCAAAUCAUUUUGGUGGACUUCAUCAAUGGCGGAACUAAGAAAGGUAUGGAGUCCAUAGAAACAAACGCAAAUCUAGCCAUUAACAUUUGAUUCGUACCAGUCUAUUUUAAACACUUUUUCGAACAAGCAUUUCAAUGUAUUAUAUUCAUCAGCUAAGCCCUUUUUAUGAUUUGAACUAUGUACGUGCAAUUGUUGAAACGUGCCAUGCAGAAGAUCGACCCCGGGGGGACUCCCUGUUAACAGAACCAGGAUGGUUGUAAAAUUGAGGAUUUAACAUGGUACCAGUUAAGUUCAAUAUGUUUAUACACAAAUCCUAGGGCAGUGCUUGAUAACAAAGGCAGAAGAAGAAAAGUAGAAAGAAAGAAGAAUGAAGCUGAUAUUCUGUGACACUUUCUGUGUCUGAAAUGAUUCAUGAUUGCUCUUACUGAUUUGGCUCAGUGUCUAUUUUAGAAUUGUAUCGUUAAGAGCCAAUGCUGUGCCACGCCCCAAUUGGUCUCUUUUUCCAAUUUUCUGACGAGCGUCUCCCCCACCAUCACAUGGGAUCCCCCCCGGGUGGCUGCAAUGUUUUGAAAAUACAGUGCAAUUCAAUCUGAGACUGUUUUCAUGUAUUUCAAGUUGCAGAUGGGAAUAGUGAUAUUAUUGGAGGAAAAUUUCUCUCCUUUCCUUUCUUUCUUCAAAUGAUUAGAAAUUCAUAUUGUUGUUUUCGAUUAUUUAAUCAUGUCUAUUCGGAACUGAGCCAACGAAAACCACGAGACUGUUAACAACUAUAUGUAAUUUUUCUUCUAGAGCUUUCAGAACCCAAAAUGAACAUCGAUAGAGAUCACAGAAUGUUUAUCCUGCGCACUUGGAUGAAAUCAGUGGAAAGAAGACAAACAGGGAGAUCAAAGAGGGAAACAAGAAACAAAAAAGGAAGGAGCAGAUAUAGUCUACCCUACUUCCCUCUCUAUCCAAUGGACUUGCCGGGUACGUCUGUUGUUUAUUUCCGUGAGGUCAUAUACUGUUAUUUUUCACGGCAGUAUUUCAAAUCACUAGUACAGUGUUAAAGUACUACAAAUACUAGUUAGAACGUUAACUUAUGUACUUUUUGUGGAAUGCUCAUCUUGGUAGCUCUGGGUUAAUUGUAGCAUAAGUCCUGUGAGUGACUCUAGGGAGCUUUAGCAUCGCCGAUGGGGACGGCAGUGAGAACGUCGCUUUAAAAAUGAAUUAGGGUUUUUUUUUUAACUGUGUCGCGUUUACUCCAGUUCGCUGAAAAUGUCAAUGUAGGCGAAUUUCCCUGGAGUUGAUUACUUGGGGCCUGCACUCAAGUUUAGAAAGAGAAAGAAAAAAUUCGUCGUCGCUCGUUUUAAAACGUCCUCCAUAAAACGUGAAAUUAGGCAGUUUCACGUCGUAGUCGCGUAGCGACGGCAAAGUAGCCUGCGAAAACAUCCGUUUCUCCUCGCUCUUCGCCGCUGGGGACGUUUCGCGCGAAGGAACGUCCCCAGUGGCGAAGAGCGAGGAGAAACGGAUGUUUUCGCAGGCUAACGGCAAAGAAACGUACAAAAAAGCGUGAUCACGUGCAAAGUUGUUGUUUUCCCGCAAUAUGAACCUAUUGCGUUUUUGACGUUCUCUUGCCGUCACCGUCAUCGUUGCUAAAGCUUCCUAGUUAUGGCUUAAAGAGAACGCCUUUCAAAGCGCAAACCAUGAUCUGCACGCCUCGAAGGCCAUUGCGCAUGAACGACUGACUCGAGACUGACACGCGCGCGUUGCCUUAACGAGGAAGGAAGAAGAUGAUUUUUCGAUGUUAGAGACUAAUUGCCGGAUAAUGAGCAACCGAGCAAAUGAUGGCUAAUCCACCAUCUUGUGGUAUUGAUCUGUUUAGGUUCUUGAUGUUACGUAUGAUAAAGUUAUUAUUAUCGUAUACUCAGGCUCUUAGAAUUAGAUAAGUCCAAACCACUUAAAACUGCAUUUAGUUUUCUUUUUAAAAGUAAAGGGAAUAGUUAGGUCUUGGUCUGCUGAUGGUUCAGCAUUCGAGAAGAACCAACUUCAAAGUAAAGCCGCACAAUACCUUUUAUAGAUUCCAGUUCUUCUAGAUACUUCUUUGUACCAUUUUUACCUCAGUACUCGCUGGGUAUCAUUUUGAGCAAUUAUCGCGUAACAAUCUAUUCAUCAAUUUACGAUAUUGAUCAUGAAAACUUUCCAGACUCCUCUGUAUAUCGAUUGAUCUUUUGCGACGAGGCAAAGACUAGAUUUAUAUUGCUAAAUCACUAAUGCUGAUUUUAUCUUUUGGCGUACUAACAGCUUUGACAGAGCUUUCAUUACGCUUCCUUAUGUUGCGCUCCCAGAGGCUGUGCUCUUCAAGAUGGUUACGAGAGGCUGACAAGGUGUUGAACACCGCCAUUAUCAGUGUUUCGCGCGCGCAUGAAGAGAUAAAAAACAAACAAACAAACAAGCAAAAAACAUACUCGACAAAAACAGUGGCAAUCUUACUAGACAGUACCUAACUUAUUGAACUUAUGUAGCAGGAAGUCCUAAACACUUGGCCGCACUAAAAAGACCAGAAAUUUAAAUACAUGGAACUGUUUCAGCGUGUUGCUUGAAAUGUUUUCCAGCUUUUUUCAGUGUCUUUGUCGAACAUUUUAUGUCUACUACUCUCAAGGAUUCACUCUCACAGUCAGUAGUGGGCAGCCUUCUGUGCAGGAAUUUCCGAUUUCGAUUUCCACGUGCUACCUCGAAUCCUUAUUUCGACUUCUUUCCCUCUUUUCUUGUGGCUUUUUUAAGUAGCUUUAAAUACCCAUAAAAAAGAGCACAGAUAACACAUAGCUACAAAUGAGGAGAGGGGAGGGGGACAAAGUGAGCGCAUCGUCGGCUUCAGUUCGGUAAGUUUAAUGGUUUAAGUAGUGUUUUUAAUACGAGUUACCGACGCGAAAUAAGGACGUUUGCUGACUUUACCCUUACGACGCGUGUUAGAGACAUAUUUCAGUUGUAUGGUUCUUUAAUUGUUCCCUAAACUUUUAUUUUUAGCUGAAGCAACAAUACUAUUUUACAGAAAUCCCAUAAAUUUUGUGAGCGACAGGAGAUUCUUAGUGUAAAGUUUUUCUUUGAGCGCUCUGCAGUCUUUAGGCUAUUUUUGUCUAGUAACUAGAAACCAAGCGCCGUAUGGCAAGAUCUAGAAAGGCGACUUCAGAUGUUGUUAAUUAACACUCACGCGAUUAACAAGUUAUCGAAGGAAGUCGCGGGCAAGACUUAAGGUUGACUUACUCAGUGCCGCUGCUAAAUUUUGGUGUUGAACCACAGUUAAGCAAUCAUUGCCACUAAACUUGGAUCGAUGCGCUUUUAUUUAACUGCGCACAGAAAAACUACACUGUAGGUAUUCGGUUUGUCUCUGCACGUUCAGGCACCGGAUAUUGGUCCUUCAAUCCAUUUUCUUAUCUGAUAUGUUCGUUUAAAACUGCAAAUAAAGUGGCUUAAGUCACGUUUCUCUAUCGCAGAGCAUCCUGAAUUUAUUGCUGCUGCGGACAGACAAGUUGAAGCUACUUCUCUGAUAACUUGUUUUACCACUCCAAACCAAGAAAGAAAAUUCCAGAAUUUCGGUUCAAACAGGAGCCCCCGGGAUCAAAGGGGUAGCCAACUGAUACUACUGUGUUGGACCUCAUGGAAAAAAAAAAACUGAAACUAUGCCUCAUUAAUUCGAAGCUAAACAUCAAUGGCUCUUUAUUCCCCCCUAGUCUUCGUGUGAAUCACAGACAAAAUCUAUGCUAUUCUAUGUUAUUUAUGCUGUCCUUCAGUAUAAAUCGUUGGACUUAAGUUCAAUUUAAUUCCUUUACAGCCCUCUCUUACCCUAAAAUCUCAAAACAGUUUUCUUGUCAAUCAACUACUUAGCCACGCCGAUUGAAAUGAGAUCGGCUGAAAAACAUCAUCAGCCCCGGCUCGUUCCCAGGGCUUUUCCGUCAGAAUGGCCCUGGGACAAGGUUGUUCUUAAUGGGACAACCUUCCCUCUGCUGAAACUAACCUUAUACGGAUGAGAGGGGUAUGAAUGUCCCUUUCUAAACUUCAAAACCUGUUGUUUCAUGAACUGAGGAGAUUGCCACGUCCUUGUCAGUUUUGUACAGUGUAUUUACCCUUGCCUCAAUUUUGGUCACAGUUUGAACCCAUCUUUGUGUUUAUUUCUCUUCUGCCGCUGUUGUAAGGGUAUGUUGCGUGUCGAAAAAUAAACGACUUGACGAACAACAGUAAUUCAAACAGACAAAUACAGGUCUGCUACUACAGCUUAGCAUCACUGUGCGAACACCCUGCAACUGACUCUACCCAGGAGACCUACCCACCAUAGUGGCCGUGUGCUCUCCUUACAAACGUUAUAGUGAUUCAUCUUUUGCAUGCCAAACCGUGUGGAGAAUGGGGAGGAGACGCUUUGAAAUCGGCGCUCGCUUGGCUUUGCUGCGAAAACUCGCACACGCGCAAACACAAUUCCGCCAGCUAACACAGGCUACAAAAAGACGGGCUGCUUUGCAGUCUUAACCUCGUCGGGUAAAGCCCUGGCGACGAAGUUGUUGAGGUCUAAAUCGAGCCUCGUUAAUAGGACACUGAGCACGGAGGGUACUGUCGAAAGCGCCCGCUAAAACGCAGGUUAUUUUUAUCAUUGUCUCCAUGUUUUAUUACUUAAAAACAACCUCGGGCAAAUGGAAAAUCGUGAGAAAACACAAGGAAGCUUUUUAUGAUGUGGACGUGUGGGUAGAUUGAAUUACAAAAUCUGAUACGUCAAUAUAUUUUUUCUGUCUAUAAUUCCCUCAUCUGUAAAUGGGGGUCAGUUAGGUAGCUCCUCUGCCAAAAGUUUUCUCGCGGGAACGAUCCGGCCAGCUACGCAGGCUAGUAUUUCUGCGUAGGUCAAGAACGCGCCAGAAGUCAAGUGAAAGGCCUGGAGCGAGGGGUGUGUGAGAUCCGCGCGCUUUGCUUCGCUUUACAAUAUUCGCCCACACUUUUAUUAGGCGUAUGACCUAGUGUUUUCACUUCAUAUUUAGUGUGUAAGGAUGCCGAGCGUGAAUCGAAGGCUGGAACAUGUAAAGCGUGGGCGGAGUCAGGCUACUGCCAAAAAUUCAAGCGCGUCAUGUCGACAUACUGCUCAAAGGAGUGCAAAUUCUGUAGUAAGUUGCUUUUCUUUAGUUUAUGUGCCUUUUCCUAUAGUUAAGGGUGUCCUGUUUUGUGUCUACACCAAAGCUAAGCCUAGUAGGGGACAAAUCACCUGUAAUGGGCAAAGGUUAACACAGCUUAUAGCAGGUUCACUGAAUUCUACCGCGUACUUUAUCAAAGGCCUCGCUCAGUAAAGAAAACGGACGAUGACUCGCUCGCUUUAAUACGCGUGCGUACGUACGUAUAAUUUACGCGCGAGUAAACUAGAGGCAAUGUACGAAAGCCGCGCGUAGCGAGGUUUAACUUUUACGUGCAAGCGCGACCUUCCAUACAUGGCCUGUAUUUCAUUUACGCGCGUGACGCAUGUAAAAAUUACGCGACAGUGGAAAUCUACCUUACGGGGGUCGGGUGUCCUCCACCGGGAGAGGACCUCCACUCUUGCACGUCGUUAUCUAAGAUGGUGUUAGAAACGGCUUGCUGAACGGGAGUAGCUCUAGCCUGUUCCAAGAGUUCAGAUAGUGGAGAGCGGUGCGAAGUAAAGAAAGCGAUGAAAAGUAGAGGGGGACUCUCACCUCUCCCCCUCCGUCGCUUUUAUUUUUUCGCGCUCCUUUUUACUUCGCACCGCUCCCCAGUAUCUGAACGCCUGGAACAGGCUAGAGUAGCUCUUUUCUUUGAUCGCGUACAACGAAUUCUUCCACUGUUGUUGCUUUUCUUCUAGAACUCCAUUAUCAUUCCCUUGGUCUCCAAAAUAAUUUGAGUUCGCGCGCUAGAACGUUCAGGAUUUCUGGAGAAGGACAUAACUUAAGUAAGCAGACUUAUGAUUUUUUUCUCUCUCUUAUUUGUCAGAACCUUUCAGCCCGCCAGGAUGUCAACUAAGCGAAUACGGAUGUUGCUGGAACAAUUUUCCUGCUUACGGGGAAAACGGACACGGGUGUCCAAGUAAGAAAACACAUAAGAAUUAAUGAAACCUGUUCAUACUUGAAGGCGCAGUGUUAAGGACACUUGAUGAACGUUACAUUAUUCGACAUAUUGUUCAGCGGAAGGUCAUGCCAGGAGGUUUGAAUUUGUAUGACCAGCGAACAGGCGCUCGAUUUCGACUCACAAGUAUUAGAGUCAAGAGCUACUGAGGGGUCUUACGUAAGUGCCGAGUGCAAAGCUUCGCUUACCACUCACUGUGAAACAAAUACUGAGUAUUCUUUUAAACUGGGACCAUUCACUGGGAAAUUUGUAGUCCUCGACCUCUGGCACGUUUCUGCUUCUAUGUUUUCUUGUUGAACUUCCAUACAAUCUCUGCAUUUACCCAAGUGUAAGUGCAAAUUCGCGGACGAAAGGACAACAGUAUGUGGACUCGUAAAUGACAUAUUAACAGCUAGCCAGGACGUCAGCGUACAAGAGCGCCUUUGGCCUGCCGCUAUUUGUCCACUUAAGAGCUUACUGUAUCCCAUCUAAACCAUGAUGGCCGUGAACACUCGUUUCUAACCUUACACAAGCGGGCACCGUCCUGUGAUUUGUUCGCUUAUAGAGGAUACUGUUCAGGUAUUUUUUGGCCAUGAACGGUAUCACGAGAGACAAUAAAACAAACUACCAUCUUUUUUUAAAAAAAAAAAAAACGCGAAAAGGACAGCGGGAGAGAGAAAGCGGGCGAGACGGCGCUUUGCUUGUUUCCUGUCAUGCAAUUUGUCUCGGGUGAGUUUCGAAGCGCCUGCCGCCGUGGAGACUGGAUAAAACCCGUAUGCCACUACCUCCAGUUUGAAUACGGACACACUUUUUUGCUCCUCCAGAGUGUCCGUCAGCUGCCGUUUUAGAUGCUACCAGGUGUAUAAGAAAACAUGGCCGUGCUUGCUGACGCUUUAUUAUUUCAAGUCAUUGUGUUUUAUUUUUCUGAUUACAACAGGGUGUAAGGACUUUUAUGACCGCCUGUGCAGACUGUUUACCGAACCAGACUUCAACUACUGCAUGCGGCCCGGGAACAAAGGAAAGUUCAUUCGAUAUAACUGCUUCAAGUCUUGCGGAUGGUGUGACAAGUGA